UAAUUGGCCCAUACUGAUAUCCAGGUCCUCUACUCCACAGUGUUGCUAGCAACAGUGUAACGUGAUACAGUGGGUGACAGUGCGGUGGGGGAUCUGCCUCUAAAAACUGUUUUCAUUAAAAUUCCUUGAGUUUACGCCUUACGGGCGGGGAAGUGAGACUUUUGAGUUUACGGGCGGAGAAGUGAGACUCUUGAGUUUACGGGCGGAGAAGUGAGACUCGUGAGUUUACGGGCGGAGAACUUCUUGAGAUCAGAAAUAUAAUCUUUUGAGGGGAUUGUCGUGAGUCCCUCGGUGGAACAAAUUGUUAGAAUGGAGGUGACUCAGACGACCAUAUCGAGGAAGGUGACCAAAAUCACCCGAACAUCUGAAAUAUCCGUCCGUGAAACGGGCUACAAGGAGAUGACGUCCGGCAAGUUGUUCGGGAAGGACCUGACAGAGUACGACGAGGUGGACGUCGACGCUCUUCUGGAGCAGCUCUCCCCUGAGGAGCUCGAGCUGCUCGCCGGUGACGUGGACCCUGACGACUCCCUGGUACCGCCCAGCGAGCGGUGCGGCUACAAGUGCGAGAAGGAGAGCACGGGACCGCUGGACAGGAAACAGCUCAUCGACCACAUCAAUGAACAGGCCAUCAACGAACCUGACCGGCCCGAGCUGGUGCCUUACGUGCCCGGUACCGUCAGAGGCAAGAAGUGGGUGCCGCCGCCCCCUCCAGUGAGCGAGGACCCCGACGACCCAACCAUCGACCAGGUUGAGGUCGACCUCGACGAGGAGUUCAACUCCGUCCUCGAGAUCGCCACCGAGGAUGAGAUCGUCGACCUCGCAGCCAUCUUGGGCUUCCACUCAAUGAUGAACCAGGACCAGUACCACGCGUCGCUACUGAACAAGGGGCGGCCGGUGGGCGUGGGCUGGGGCGGCAUCACUAAAGCCACAAAAUUCAAGCCUCUGCCCGCUGAGCCUCCCAACGACACCGAUCCUGAGGAGAGCAUCAAGAGACUCAAGAGCGACGACGCCAAGUUCAAGGAACUCAACCUUAACAAUAUUAGAAAAAUGACGGACGAGCAGCUGGGCAGGCUGUUCGGCGCUCUGGGCAGCAACAGUCACCUGGAGACGCUGAGUAUGGCCAACACCGGCCUCUCUGACAGACACCUCGACGCCCUCACGUCUGCUCUCGCACAGAACAACACACUCCGCACCCUCAAUUUGGAGACGAACAACAUCACCCCGCCGGGCGUGGUGCGAGUCAUGGAGGCCCUCAACAAAAUGCAUUCAGUCGAGGAAGUUAGGCUCGCCAACCAGCAACAAGGAGUGCUGGGCAACAAGAUCGAGAUGCAGCUCACUAACCUCAUCGAAGAGAACAACACGCUGCUGCGCGUCGGCAUCCACUUCGAGUUCAACGACGCGAGGAACCGAGUCUCACGGCAGCUCCAGAAGAACCUUGAUACUUUUUUGGCGGAAGUUCGCAUUGGCCUAAAGACACGGCGCCCUCGGCCGGUGGUGUCGACGGAGGGCGCGAGUCUUAGCUUUACGGUGCCCGCGAGGAUAAAGCAGCAGCAGCUGCAAGACUCGCCCGGCAUCCCGCCUGAGGACCUGGACUCCACGCUCUCCGACAGCGAAGAUGGCUUCUCGUCCGACGAAGGCGACGAAGUCGCAGCCGCGUAACGAUCUCCUCUUCAGUUCAUCGUGUCUUAUUGUUAGUCUAGCUCAGUGGCUGCCAAACGUUUUCACCUUGUAACUAAAUUUUACGUGCUUAAAUUGGUAUUCUGUCCUGUCCACAAAUGCUGUAAAUGCUUACAAAGGCCGCAGAAUUAAGUCAAUAAAAAUUAAAACUCUCAAAAAUGUAUAAAUGGAUUAAUUGCCAUAAGAAGUAAUUCUAAUUGGACAACCACUGAAUUGCAUGUUCUCGACCUCACUGCCUCGUAUCAUCGGUACCAUACAAGGCUCAUGCAUGCCAUGCAUCGUGUCGCAGUCAAGAGGAAUAACUCAAUAUCCCGAGGAGACCACAUCGCCUCGACCUCCGGGGCACGGUAGCUAAUGUAUCAUACGGUGGCUUAAAUGUGUUCUGUUAAUAAAAGAGUGCGAGAUGUGGUGUCUAUAUUGUGUACGCGUGACUCGAAAAUUUGAAGUGUUGAACGAUUUAAUGUUUGCACUAUAUCAAUUGGUGUGAAAGGAAACCCUGAACGAAUCGAAUCGUAUUUGUACGAAGAAACAUGUAAUCAGUGAGCAAAUGGAUAAAGAUAUAGUUAUACUUGAAACACUACAUUGCCAUCGCACGAAUUUGCAAACAAACCAUCAGAGGUGUGCUGGACUUGAAAAGCGCUGGUGCUGGAACAGAUUUUGGCUGCAGUUGCACCUUCGUCUGAACGUGGCUUCGCAGUCCGCAUUAUUCGUAUCGGGCGGAAGGCGAGGAACUGCACCUUUGGUUUCGGCUACCCGCC